AUGGAGACAGAUUCGCCGUGCGGCGGCACCUGUGUGAUGAGCACCAGCCACGUUCGAGACCAAGAGCAUUUGCUUUGGCACAAGCGUGCCUAUGCCGCGACGUGGCGUCUCGAUCCCAGCGCUUUUGACAGGCCCUGGGCAGAGCUUUCCGGCGGUGAGGCACAGCGCGUCGCUCUCGCCCUAGCUUUGGCAACGCAGCCUCAGGUGCUGCUCCUGGACGAGGCCAUCUCCGGCCUCGACGUAGCCACGCAGAAGCUGGUGGAGGCAUCCUUAGCGGCGAGCCGGGUUCCCAUUGUCAUGGUGACGCACUCCCCGGAGCAGCUCCGCCGCUUCUGCACGCACCACUUGGAUCUGACGCCGGAGGAAAAACGAGCGUCUGGGGAGGAGGUCUUGAGCCACGACACCUUCCGCGACGUCUCUCUGCGCGAGGGGCUCUGCCGCGGCUUUCACGAGUGUCAGCUACUCUUCGGCCACUUCGCCCAGGGCCGGAGCGCUGUGCCUGUGAACGACUUGGCCGCCUUGGUGCUGGGAAACUUGGAUGCCAAGCGCCAGCAGGUUGUGCUUGAGGUGUGGUCGAAGCUUGAUCCGGAGGGUCUGGGAAAAGUGCCGGUUUGGCAACUCCUUCGUCACUUCGAUGUGAGGCGUCUGCCGGACGUCCGCUUCGGGCGCGAGGACGUCGAGGGGGCGCGACAGAAACUGCUCGAGGGCUUGGGCGUGGUCCAGUGCCGUGCGGCAGACAGGGCUGCCGAGUUCGACCUGGAGGAAGCUGCCGCGCGGCGCCGGCCGGCGCCGAUCGGACUACCAGGGGGCGGGCCAGUGGUUGCGCCAGCUGGGAGGGCCGGCAUCCGCGCCCGGGACUUCGAAGAUGCGAAGAGGGAGCUCCUGUCGCGCGGUGAGGCCAUUGACCCCGAAGCUGUUGUCUCCUUCGAAGCUUGGCAGGCCUACUUCAUGGCAGUCUCAGUGGGUGUCCUGGACGAUGACGUUUUCGCCCUGACGCUUCGAGAUCCUCUUCGCACCUUCGAGGUGCAUGGGAAGGCGCAUGCGCAGCGUCUCGUCAUGGAGGUUCCGGAGAAGCAUCGGCCGUGCAACUUGCGAUUGCUCGGAACCUUCGCGGACGGCUCACGGCAAGCGCUGACGCUGCGCGAUGACUCGGGCCUCGAACAUCUCAGUGGCAAUGCCGGCUGCGGCGAUGGCCAAUUCUGGACCUGGGGUCCGAAGGUUCGCGAUGAGAUCAUCCGCCGUUUCAAGGCAGAAGGUUACGAAGGGCUCCAGACAGUGAGCCUGAGACCCUUCUGA